CACCCUGUUCUUUCUUAGGCUUUUCCUGAAUAUUCCUGUUCCCACUAUGGAACCUGUUAUCUGGCCUUUUGACGUACAAAUGAGGUUUUGAAGGCCUGGUCCUGUAGCCGGGAAGGAGUCUGGAAACGGCGCCACAUUCUCAAGUCCUGCAGGACGGCCAUGGCUUAUGAUGACUCCAGGAAGAAAGAAGAUUGCUUUGAUGGUGACCAGAGUUUGGAGGACAUAGGACUGGCGGCUGGCCGGAGCCAACGAGAGAAGAAACGUUCUUACAAGGAUCUUUUAAGAGAAGAGGAAGAGAUUGCUGCUCAGGUCAGGAAGUCCUCCAAGAAGAGGUUGAAGGAGAGAGAUCUCUUCUCCCUGGGCACGGACGCGCACAAGAGGAGGAGGAAGCAUUCCUCCGGCGAGUCCUGCUAUGGAGAUCUUUCGCCUUUGGAGUCGUCACAGAAGAAAAAGAAGAAGGUGGUGCCAAGUCCCCCACCCUCCGACACAGCCAUGGACCUGCUGAAGGCCAUCACAUCCCCCCUUGCACCAGGCUCCAAGCCCCCCAGAAAGACUGGGGAGAAAUCCUCAUUUUCUUCCUUUAGUUCCUCAAGCUACUCAGAAAGCAAAAAGGAUCAGCACCCCAGGAAAAAGGGGAGCAGCGGCAGCAGCGGGGAGCUCUCCCUUGAGGACGGUGGCUUCCACAAGGCCAAAAAAAUGAAGCCACUUUAUGUUAAUACGGAGACCUUGACCCUGCGAGAGCCAGAUGGCUUAAAAAUGAAACUUAUUCUCUCACCCAAGGAGAAGGAAGGCAGGACAGGUGAUGAGGAGCCUUUCCAGAACCCUCCUCCACAAGGGACAACAAAAAAGUCCUCCAAGAAAUCAGCUCGAGAUGAGCAGGGCGCUUUCCUCCUUGGGCACGAGCUGCAGAGUUUCCUGAAAACAGCCAGGAAGAAGCACAAGCCGGCCUCAGACCAGCACCCCUCUCCUGGCCCCGAAGGCUUCGGUUCUGACGCGUCCAUCUUUUCAGAACCACACGGCACUGACUAUGAGCUCUCCAACCUCGAGCCUGCCCUGGAGUCGGGCUCAUCCUCGGGGGCCGAGCUGGAGGCCGGUGAGCUGGUGAUUGACGACUCUUACCGGGAAAUCAAGAAGAAGAAGAAAUCAAAGAAGAGCAAGAAGAAGAAGGACAAAGAAAGACACAAGGAGAAGCGACACUCCAAGUCCAAGAAGAGCCCUGCACUUUCCACUGGGACCACAGCCGCGGGAGAAGCCCCAGGUGCGAGCCCCGGGCCCGGGCCCGGGCCCCAGCCCCCAACCAGCACACCUUUCCCAGGAGCUGCACCUGCACCACCACCACCAGUCUUCCAUCCUGAUGGACACAGCGAGAAGAAGAAGAAGAAAGAAGAGAAGGAGAAAGAGAAGGCAGAAAAAGCAGAAAAGCCAAAGAAGAAGAACAUGUCUGCCUACCAGGUGUUCUGUAAGGAGUACCGGGUCACCAUCGUGGCAGAGCACCCAGGAAUAGAUUUUGGGGAACUAAGCAAGAAAUUGGCUGAAGUAUGGAAACAGCUGCCAGAAAAAGACAAACUGGUCUGGAAGCAGAAGGCCCAGUACCUCCAGCACAAACAGAAUAAGGCCGAGGCCACCACGGUGAAGAGGAAGGCGGCCGCCGGCUCCGAGGGGGCCGUGAGAGUCAAAGCUUCUCCUGCUGGAGUGAUGUCGCCUCAUAAAAAGUCCCCUUCCAGCACGGUAGUGUCACCUUCCUCCCCAGCCAAGGUCCCCGAGACAGAUCCCAUCGACGUAGCUGCACACCUUCAACUCCUAGGGGAAUCGCUGAGCCUCAUCGGUCACCGCCUGCAAGAAACAGAGGGGAUGGUGGCCGUUUCUGGAAGUCUUUCGGUUCUUCUUGAUUCUAUCAUUUGUGCUCUCGGCCCUCUGGCCUGCCUGACCACACAACUGCCAGAGCUGAAUGGCUGCCCGAAGCAGGUCCUGUCAAACACUCUGGACAACAUCGCCUACAUCAUGCCUGGACUCUGACAGCUAAGGAUUCUGGGACACAUAUUCGCCCUGCCCCCUUGCUGGCUCCCGUGGACGUGGACUCUUCUAGCACCCUUUGCUGGCUUUUGGGUGUAGGUUUUAAUGUUUUUAAUACGUGUACCAUAUAUACAUAGGAUUGUAACUACCUACUUUUAACCAUUUUAUGGAACGUUGAAGGCUCAGCCAAGGGGAGCCUCGGCUUACACGUGGGUUUGGGUUUUUCAUUUUGUUUUGCUUUUCUUUUCUUCGGUGGUGGAUCAAUCUGCCUUAAAAUCACAGAAACGUGGGGGCCUGGGGGGGUGUUCUGGGCACCGAAGGCACCUCUUUUAUGGACAGAUAAAACAUGGUGGUUUUGUUCCAAGCCGAGUGUUGUCCCCCAGACCCGUCAUUGACCGUUUGCCUUAUCUAUCUUGCAGUCUGAAGUGUACUAGGAAAAAAGGGGAUGGGGAGAGGCGAGAGAAAACACAAAUCCUUUCAACUCGAGGCGACCAUCUCCGCUUCACUCCUAGGUGGGAGAUGACAAAUCAUCUCCAUCCGGAGGGAGAGAACAGGCUUAGGCAAGGGGUAACUGCCCUUGGUCCCAUCGUUAGUACAGAUGGAGGCCGAGCACGUAGGAGAGCCCCAGCCCCUGGGCGUCCCUCGGUGGACUGGUGCCAGAGCUCUUCCUUGAACCGCACUUACUCGGAUACUGUGGCAGAGGGUUGGCGGCUCCAGGGCUGGAAUCCGGACUCAUUGUGCCACGGAGGCCUCCUGAGGGUCACUGCUUCAGGUGCUCCAUGGCAGGAGAAGACAUCCGCCUGCUCAGCGUGGCUCUCCCUGGCGGGCCCACCUUCUGAGCUCUCCUAGCGUGUGAGUGCUGAGCACUCUGCCCUCUGCUCGCAAGGGAGCUGCAGGAACGCACUUGAGUCUUAGGUAGUUUUGUAUAUGUGUGUGUGUGUCUGUGUGCGUGUGCGUUUUAAUCAUGUGUAUUUAACUCUUUAAAAUCUGUUAGUUCUUAAUUUAUCCUGUAAAUUUCUGUAUAUAUAAUUUAAUAACAAAAAACCUCCACCAGCAGCAGCACGUGGAAGAUUCAGAUUUGUUAGAUUUGUUCCUUUUCCCAUCCCCCCCCCCCCCCCCCCCCCGGGCUGCCCUGGAAACCCUAACACACCUGUAGCUUGAGGCAUUUCUUGACAAAGAAGAAUCAUUCCUUCAGGAUUCUGACUCCUCAUGGAAAGAUGUGUGGGCUGUGCUGAAGAUGAAGGGCUAAGCUCUGUGUGUGUGUGUGUGUGUGUGUGUGUGUGUGUGUGUGCGCGCGCGCGCGCGCGUGUGUGUGCGCAUGUGUGACCAUGCCUUCUUAGCUUCAUUUCCAUACAGCCAGAAUAAUUUCACUUUCUCGUAGGAGAGAAAGCAGUUGAAGUUUGGGGGCAGGGGGGGCUGCUGGAGUUAGGUCUGGCCUCUGUGAUCUGGCUCCUCUCCCUGGGCUCCAGCCCAGCAAGUUCAGAGGAAAUUCUUGGGGAGCCUCUGAGGCUCCCCUCCCCCAUCACAUAGCCAUCACAUCACCAAGCUCAGCUUUAGGACAGUCACUGGGAGCUGUAUGCGCAUCCCCUCACCACUCAAAGCUGCUGUGUGGCUUAACCGAAAAACGGGGAGGAAAGGGAAGAGAUGGGAAGCAGCGGGGUUGGCCUCUUGACCCAAAGCUUUGUUGCACACCAGUAAAAGCUUCCAUUUGGACAGGGAGGGAACGCUGAGACUUGGACCCAGAACCAGACAAGGUUCCUUCUAAGUUUGCCAUUUAUAGAGUAAGGAAAUUCCGAUGUGGGCCUAUUCUUUGUUUUUGUUUUGUUUUCAAAACCGAACCCUAUUGUAUUUGUAUUUAAAAUUUGUACACAUUUGUAUAAUAAUCUGUACCUUGUGGCAUUUGGUACUAUUAGAGGGAAAUCUUUGGAUUCAGACCUACUUCCAGUUUUUAUAUCAUUGCUUUGGUUUGGUUUUUUAAACAAAUCCUAGUGGUUUGGUCCAAAUCCCAUUAAAGUUGUAUAAAGAAAUAAAAUUUUGUACUUAUAUAUUAAAAAAAAAAACCCACAUUUUUAAUAUCUGGAGUUCUGUCUCAUCUGUUUUCCCUGUGCUACCAAGCAAUAGGUGUUAGACCCUUUUUCAGAACUCAUACCACACCCCACUUCUCUUUCCCACUGAGAAUUCCGUCCUCUUUUUCUAAUAGAAUGUCAUCCCUGGCCAUUUUCCUGACACCCCCCCCCCGCCUGUAUGUCAGGUUUCACAUUGUGAGAAUACUUGUUUCUCCUGUCCAUGUGCCAAGGACAGGGAAUCGUAACAGUCUAGGGAAAAUGUCCCUGCUUAGUAAAAACUCACUUUUUUUUCUAGUGCUUUACCAAGCACUUUACCCACAGCAUGAAUAAGGGAACGGAGGCUGAUCUGCCCCGGUCAGUCACACAGCUAGUGUCAGGGCCAGAAUCCAAACUGGGAUCUUCUGACAGUCGCAUUACUUGGCCUCUCUCUCCACAUUAGUUUCCUCAUCCCUAAAAUGAGAGUUCUGCAUCAUGACCUGUGAGGUCCUUUCCAGUUCGAGGGCCGUGAUCCUGUUAACUCCCCAAUGGGCCUCCUUUUCCACCUUCCCCUGUUGCUUCUCUUUAUGCUGAAUAGCUGGUUGGUGCAACUGGGGACCAAAGCAUCCUGACGUUUGCAGAGCAUCAGCUGCCUCAUCCCCUCCCCAGGCCUGUGGCUGGCAGAAGGUCCCUGGUGACUUCAUUGAGAGACUGCAGCAUUAGGCAGUGAUUAGCGUCUACAUGUGGCCCAGUCUUGGCCCAUCCCAGAUGGCUUCAGGGAACCUCCCUUCCUCAUCUUUCAGUGUUCAUGCUCAUGGAUUUCUUUCUCUCCCCAUAAUGGGAAUAUUGAGAUUUGUCUAAAAAGCUGAAAAUGCUGGACAUGAACAUUACUCAUGGUCACAACAGAGUAGAGAUAACACAAGGCCGAGGGGAAGAGAAAUUGUGUCUUCUAUUGACUGGACCUAUGAUUUCCCUCCUAUCAGUGCAAAUCAGCACCUUCUCUGACACUUAAUAGUCUUAAGAGAGUUAUCUAGAGUCACAGCCAGGAUAUACCAAAGGCAAGAUCUGAACCCAGGUCUUCCUAUCUCUGAGGCUAGCUCCAACGACUAAAUAAUACUGCCUCCCGUGCCUUUGUCAAGGCUUAAAAUUGAAUUUAUCUCAUUAAGCCCCUUCCGUGUAUCUUCAAGGCCACAAGGACAGUCCCUACCCUCAAAGAGCUAACAUUCUACCAGAGGCAGGGUGUAAUGUGCAGAAAUAAAUACAAAGCAUUUGAUUAGAGAGGCCUAUAGAGGGAGCAGCCGAACUGUGCUUGUCCUUUGAAACAAGCUGGGAGUUCUAAAGGUCUAGGCCAAGGGAGUGUAUUCCAGGCGUAGGAGACCACCUCACGUAGCCAUGGGAGGGAUGUUUGGGACUGGGGAGCAGGACUGGGCAACUGGUACAAAGAGAGAGGAAACCAUAGACAUAGAAAGUCAUCUAGGGGAGAAGCUGAUCAUGGAGGGAUCCUUGCUUGAAUGAUUUCCUUCCCCAGUAUCUCCAUGAGUGACUGUGGAAACUAGCCAGGAUUCAUUAAUCAAACAAUAAAUGUGUGUAGACCACCUUGCUGGGCUCUAGCUGGGAAGAAGAAGGUUUGGAUCAGACUGUCUUUCCUCUGCCCUCGUGGAACGUACAGGGUAGCAGAGGGAUGUCUACACACAGCCAGACACUAGGUCAAAUGAAUUCAAGAGUUGUAGGAAGUUUGUCAUCAGAGGCCCAAGGGGAAAGAGGGCUGCUGACUUCCUUGGUUUUAAGUCCUGCGAUCUCCCAUGUUCGGCUCUGAGCUCUUUGAGACAAGGGACUAUGUCACUCUUUCUUCAUAUCCCCAGCAUUUAGCAUAGUGCCAGGCACACAAACACCUAAUAAAUGCUUGUUGACAUUACCACUUGUGGAAUCCUGGUUUCCUUCAAAACUCAGUUCAUGCAUCGAGUCUGGGAAGCCUUUUCUGAUCCGCUCAGUGGUAGCCUGCUCCAUCCCUAAAGGACCUCACAUUCAUUUUGUAUGUAUUCUGCAUAAAUACUUGUGAGUCCUUGUGUCUUCCGCCCACACACCCCCAUUAGAAUGUAAGCUUUGUCUUUCCCCUUGGUCUCUAUCCUGAGUGCCAAGUACAGGGACUCCCUAGAACAUUGGAGGUUUCAUAAAUGCCUUAUGAUUGAUUAAUUGAUCCUCUGGUCCCACUCCAUUCCCACCCCUCAGCUUAUAAGUGAAUGACUUGCCCAGGGUUGUCUACAAGUGGCAUCUAAGCCAGGGCUCUAUCUACCAUGCUGCCUCCUCCUCAUGUCCUUGAAGGUUUCUGGUGCUGUCUUGAGUGACUGUUUUGUGAGUGGUGCUAUCGAAAUAGGGAAACAGAGCCAGUCACUUGAUGAGGACAAGGGUAACAGAAAGCAGGCCCCUCACACCGUGGACCUGGUAUGCCCAAAAUUUUAAAAGGAACACCUUUACUCAUUUGGUCACUCCUACGUGGAGGACUUGUGGAAAGACAGAGGCAGGAAUUCAAUCAGUCAUCAUUUAUCAAGUGCCUACUGUAUGCCAGACACUGUCCUAAGCCCUGGAGAUACAAAAAGAGGCAAA